UCUCUCACUCUCAUCGUUUCUCUCUCUAAAACCCAUUGGUGGCUUAAGGCUUGUUUUGUGCCAAAGUUUGCAAACCCAUUAAUAUCUGUCCAAUCCUUGAAACCCUCAUUGAGUCCUUGUAGUUUGUGAAAUCUGAGAAAUCUAUUUCCCUUUUCCCCAGUUGUUGGUUACUCUUCUUCUCUUUGGAUGGAUUAGUAUGAGCACUGUUUCUUAGUUAGCUAGGGUUGGGUUUUGGUGUUGGAUUCUUGGCUUGAUUUAGAGAAGUACCCAGAACCAGUUAGUGUAUGUUCUUAUCAUCAUCUCUGCAUUCAGUACUGUGCAUUUUCCAUUGUACGGAUUACUCGCGAAUUUGUAUGGUAAGUUGAACUUUUCUUGAUCUGGGGAUGACGAGACAGAAAAUCCAGAUCAAGAAAAUCGACAACAUCACGGCAAGGCAAGUCACUUUCUCAAAGAGAAGAAGAGGGCUUUUCAAGAAAGCUCAAGAGCUCUCAACUCUUUGUGAUGCAGAGAUUGCUCUCAUUGUCUUCUCUACAACAGGAAAGCUCUUUGAGUACUCCAGCACAAGUGUUAAGCAGGUGAUUGAAAGACACGAUCUGCAUUUGCAAAAAUAUGACAGAUUGGAGGCACCACCAUCUCUUGAGCUGCAGCUUGAGACUAGCAAGCUGGCCUCAUUGAGAAAGGAAAUAGCAGAGAAAACACGUGAAUUGAGUCAGAUCAGAGGAGAAGAGCUCCAAGUGUUGAGCUUGGAAGAAUUAAAGCAACUGGAGAAAGUAGUUGAAGGAAGCUUGAACCAUGUCGUGGAAACAAAGGACGAGAAAUUUAAGAAUGAGAUUUGUGCUCUCACGAGAAAGGGAGAACAACUAAUGGAAGAAAACCAGAAACUGAAACAGCAAAUGUCAAACUCAUCAACAGAGCAAAGAUGGUUGCUUGAACGAGGUCAGCCAUCAGAAUCAAUCACCAAUACUUCCAGCUCAGCAGAUCGUCCUCAGGAUUAUGAUUGCUCUGCAAUCUCUCUCACAUUAGGGCUAAACUUUCCCUGACCGAAUUUAAAGAUUAAUUAGUGAAGAUCUCAAGAGCAGGCAGUGAAUAAUAUUAUACCUGAUAAUUGAUUCAAGAAUAAAAUAUAAUAUCCUUGGCGCUUCAA